UGUUUAUUUUUUAUCGGGUAUUCCUUUGUGGUCUUCAUAUUCGUUUCGUUGGGACGUUUUUCGUUUUUGUUUCCACGCUGGCAACGAACAAGUUGAAGGGAGAGAUCUAUCUAUCUAUCUAAUACGUCAAAAGAAGGAAAGAUGACUUCGGCUACGGUCCCACUGCUUGAUGACGAUACCAUUCCAUUUGGAGAAGAGGAUGAGAUGCGAGAUCCAAGUACCGGAGUUAAAAGAUAUUCGCAUCCGUACGUCACCUUCUUUCAUCUGUUCUUUCGCUGUGCCGCCAUUGUGAUAUAUAUGUUCUGUGGUUGGUUCAGCGAUUCCUUCAUAACCAGCUUUGUUUUCGUAGUAUUAUUUUUAUCGGCUGAUUUUUGGACAGUGAAGAACAUUACCGGCCGUUUGCUGGUCGGCUUACGUUGGUGGAAUUACGUAGAUGAUGAGGGUGUAUCCCAUUGGCUAUACGAAGCUAAGAAGGGAAAAGUAAACAAUCAUGAGGCUCGAAUAUUCUGGCUGGGAUUGAUAUUAUGUCCAGUGUUUUGGAGCCUUUUCUUCAUUGUUGCUUUGUUUGGAUUGAAGUUCAAAUGGCUGUUGCUGGUAAUGAUUGCACUUGCUCUAAACGGGGCCAAUUUGUAUGGCUACGUUAAAUGUAAUUUUGGAGCCAACAAAGAUUUGAAUUCUGCGGCCACUGACUUUGUAAAGACACAAAUUUUCAAAAAUGCUAUGGAAAUUAUGACUAAGCCAAGCGCUCAACCCACAACUGCAAGGCCAACAGGUGUAAUAUAAUUCAUUUUUCAAGAAUUCCUAACGCAUUUGUAAAUAUAUUUAAGGAUGAAUUGAAUUACAUUUUCGUACAUUUGGGGCAUACGAUUGCCUUAAAUGAAAUUUAUUUAGCUAAAAUAAUAUAUAACAUACUUAUUAAAAGAUAAUAAACAUAUUUUGACAACACUAAAA